GGGCGACGCGUCAGCUACAAAACACAAGGUACGUUAACUGUUAGCAUAUUUGUGUGUGUGAGAGAGAGCACGUCAGGCUCACAUACAUUUAAUGAUGAAAAAUACGAAUACACGCUAACAAAACCCCCCUUGAAGUGAUGACGCUGGGGAGGCCUCACAUUAGACAUGGAUGACAGGUCAGCCAGCAAAGAGUUGGAAGGAUGGAUCGAACAACUCAAUGAGUGCAAGCAGCUCAGUGAAAACCAAGUCAGGGUACUCUGUGAAAAGGCCAUAGAGAUCCUGGAGAAGGAGUCUAAUGUGCAGGAAGUGAGAUGCCCAGUGACAGUCUGUGGAGAUGUUCACGGUCAGUUUUAUGACCUCAUGGAGCUUUUUAAGAUAGGCGGGACACCCCCAGACACCAACUAUCUCUUCAUGGGAGACUAUGUUGACAGAGGCUAUUACUCAGUGGAGACAGUGACACUCCUGGUUUGUCUGAAGGUCAGGUUUCGUGAAAGAAUCACCCUUCUGAGAGGGAACCACGAGAGCAGACAGAUCACAUACGUGUACGGCUUCUAUGACGAGUGCCUGAUGAAAUAUGGAAACGUCAACGUUUGGAAGUACUUUACGGAUCUUUUCGAUUAUCUGCCCCUGACUGCCCUGGUAGACAACCGGAUUCUGUGCCUACAUGGAGGAUUGUCUCCUUCAACAGUCACACUGGAACACAUCCGAGACCUGGAUCGCAUGCAGGAGGUUCCUCACGAGGGUCCAAUGUGUGACUUGCUAUGGUCCGAUCCAGAUGACCACUAUGGAUGGGGCAUCUCUCUCCGUGGCGCUGGUUACACCUUCGGCCAGGACAUUUCAGAGACUUUCAACCACGCCAAUGACCUCAGUGUGAUUUGUCGAGCCCACCAGCUGGAGAUGGAGGGCUUCAACUGGCACCAUGACAAAAACGUUGUGACCAUCUUCAGCGCACCGAAUUAUUGUUAUCGCUGUGGCAACAAGGCGGCGAUCAUGGAACUUGAAAACACACUGAAAUGCUCCUUCCAACAGUUUGAUCCCGCCCCCCGCAAAGCAGCGCCCCAAGUGUCGUGGCGAUCUCCGGACUACUUCCUCUAAAGAUCUAAAGCUGGUGGCUACACACAUCAACUGGGGAUCCAGCACUGAAAACAAUCUGAUUGGCAAAAACAAAUGGGAGGAACAAUCAGAAAUCUUUUCUGUUUGUGCGGUAUUUACUUUUCAGUCACACAAUACAUUAUUGCAAUGCUUGUUGCCAACAAUAGCAAUAUUCAGUACAUUCUGUUUUGCAGGCACAAAUACACUAAGUGGAAGACAAAGGCUUCAUCAAUAAAUAGUUUGUCUAUCGUGUUAAAAUAACUGCUAAUAUAAAUAAAACUGCUCUAAAUGGGUUAAAAUUGUAUAGCACUUUCCUACCUUCAAGGUACUCAAAGCGCUUUGACGCUAUUUCCACAUUCACAUACUGAUGGCGGGAGGUGCCUGCAAGGCCCUAACCAUGACCCAAGAGUGAAAUGUCUUGCCCAAGGACACAACUAGGAUGACGAAAACUGGGGAUCGAAACUGGA